GCCUUGUGUCUGCAUGCAUCGCUACUUUCUAUUCCACCCAACCUCGACCUCGCCAUGUUCGGCGGGAGGCAGAAAGCAACUCCAUCUAUUCCAUGCUGCAGGUGUUGCUGCCUGGAGUUGUUGAUAUAGCCUACAGUAUCCUGGCAUCCAUCUGCUUUGCUUGUUUCUUCCAUUUCCUCUUGCAAUGUGCGUUUUUCUGCUUACCUUUUACAUUUUCGCUCAGUGCCCUGCCGACUGAGGUGUUGGAUUCUGCAGUCUGCUUGCAGAGAGAGAGCAUUUUAAGGAAACACCCCACCACCUUCUCCCGGUACUUUUUUCUACUCCUCCUUGGUGUUUAUAUCGGGGAAGUUGGAUUAUAUUCGUGAAACAAAGUAGUUUUCGUAUGUUUGUAUGAGUGUGGUCCAAUUACAAUUAGGGUGGUUUAUAGGUUAGUCCAGUAAUUGUAGGAAUGAAUGGAUGACCAACGUUUGGAGGAGGGCGACAAUAUCCAUUAACUCUUCUUGGUGGGUGCAAAGAGAGAGAGAGAGAGAGAGAGAGAGAGAGAUAGAGAGAGACCAGCCAGUCGCUAGAGAAGAAUGGAGAAUGCUCCACGAACACUAUCCAUCGCUUGAGGGAAUCGAGGAAGAAAGGAUGAGAUAAAAACAAUUCUUCUUCACGUUGCGACUUUUGCUGUCGAACUUGAUAGCCGGGGUUUUACGCAUCUCAGUGAAAACAAUUCGGAGAAUGCGUUUAGGAGGAUGGAUACCCACGCGUCAUUAGGAUUUUUGUUUCCAGAUAAAGGGAUUGAAGAAAAAUAACCAAAGCUGUUUUUUCUCCCUAUAUCUGUUUCAUUGUUAGAUUGUAAAGGUGGAGCGAUCAGAGAAGGCCGAUGACGGACCUAUUAAUCUGGUCAGUGCAUCAGAACCACCAAAAGGUUCUGGAAACGUUUGGAUGGAAAUCGGGCGAAUGUUUAGACUUGCUUUUGGUUUUAUAUGAAACUGGUGACUAGUAGUUGCGAUUUUUCUCUCUCUGGAAUUUUCAUCUUCUCAUUCAAGAAAUUAUAGUCUAACUGAGGUGUAGAUUUUUGUCGGUUUAUCAAUUGUAUUUUUAUUUUAUUUUUGCUAUUUCGGUACGCUGUCCAUUUCGCAAUUCCCUUAAAUCUCAAUCGUUUCCUCUUGAAGUAUUCCUUAAUCUAAAUGGAAUUAGUUGAGCGUGAAGCCCCUUGUGAAAGGUACAGACAUGGUACAUGGGCACAGCCUCCUUCACGUUGUUGCAAGUCUACUCAUACUUGGGUUGUCUGGGGCAACGAAGAAGGAAGCAGUGAAAAACAAUUCAGGAGUGAAGCCUGCAGGACAAUGUGGCACCUGGGUGAAAGAAGGAGACGGGGGAUUGUUCACUUCUCCCAACUACCCCAGCAAAUACCCCCCAGAAGUAGAGUGUGUUUACAUUAUUGAAGCUCCUCCGAGGCUGUGUAUCGAUCUUUUCUUUGAUGAGAGGUAUUCUAUAGAGCCUUCAUGGGAAUGUAAAUUUGACAACAUCGAGGUGCGAGACGGCCCCUUUGGCUUCUCCCCAAUAAUCGGGCGCUACUGUGGCCAGACCAUCCCUCCCUUCAUCAGGAGCAGCGGACGGUACCUCUGGAUAAAAUUUGUUUCUGAUGCCGAACUGGAGGCAAUUGGAUUUUCAGCCAACUACAACUUCACUGCAGAUCCGGACUUUGGAGACUUGGGAGUGCCCCAGCCUCUGCCCUUCUGUGAGUUUGACAUGGGAGGACCAGAGGGGAUAGUGGAGUCUCAUCAGAUCACCAAAGAUGGAAAGGCUUUAGCUACAGAGGCUGUGGACUGCAAAUGGUUCAUCCGCGCUCCGCCACGCUCCAAGAUCUACCUGCGUUUCCUGGACUAUGAGAUGCAGAACAGUAAUGAGUGUAAGCGUAACUUUGUGGCGGUGUACGACGGCAGUGCGUCCGUAGAGGACCUGAAGAACAAGUUCUGUUCUACGGUGGCCAACGACGUGAUGCUGGUGUCCACCACGGGGGUGAUCAGGAUGUGGGCCGACCAGGGCAGCCGCCGGAGCCGCUUCAGGAUACUCUUCACCACCUUCCAAGAACCUCCAUGCGAGGCGGAUGCCUUCUUCUGUCACAGUAACAUGUGCAUCAACAACACCCUGGUGUGUAACGGCAUUCAGAACUGUGUCUACCCCUGGGAUGAGAAUCACUGUAAAGAGAAGAGGAAAGCCAAUAUCCUGGACAACCUGAACAACACCAACGGCACCAUUAUCGGCGUCACCUGUUGCAUCGUCCUCAUCCUCCUCAUUGUGUCCGUCAUCGUUCAGAUCAAACAGCCCAGGAAGAAGUACAUCCUCCGGCGCGAGGACUUCGACCCCACCAUGUUCCAGGAGGUCUUCGAGCCGCCGCACUACGAGCUCUGCACGCUACGGAGCGCCACGCACGCCACUGCAGCCUCCGCCGACCUAGUCGACCUGGCGGAGGACUUCGAGAACUACCACGCGCUCCGCCGUUCAUCCUCACGCUGCGUCCAUGACCACCACUGUGGCUUCGCCUCCAACCCGGGCUCCGCCCACCUGUCCCAGCUGUCACUCAGUGGGCGGGGUAGCCGCGGCAACCUGAGCACGCGCGAGGCCCUCCUCACGGACCUUCCACCACAGCCGGUACGGCCGCUGCUGCCCAGCGUUGCCACAGGGAACCGACGCAGCAUACUGGUGAUGAAGCACAGCUACUCACAGGAAGCGGCCGACAACGGGUGCGACCUCGAUGACGACCUGGAAGAGGUUCCCACGACGAGCCACCGACUGUCGCGUCACGAGAAGGCAGUCCAGCGGUUCUGCCUCAUUGGCUCUUUGAGCAAACACGAAUCAGAAUACAACACGACUAGGGUGUAAGGCAAUCUCAAGAUACUUCAGACAGAUUCAUCAUUCUUCUGCAUCUUGCCAAGUUUGACAUGGAACUAACAUUAAUCUCCCUCAUGCAUCUUGAGAGAACUGUUGCACUUGCGUUGAGCGGCACAACCAAUUUAGAGUGUUGUGAUAAGGAAAAACAGAAGCUUUUUUGUGUAUGCGUUGGUUUAUUUUGUUUGGAUGACAGGUGAGAUGCCCUGUUUGUGUUUCUCAAAUGGCUGAGAAUGUAAAGCCAACGGACACAUAUCCUGAUACUCAGAUACUGGACCGAAACUUUAAAAGAAAAAUAAAUACCUUUAAUGUACAUUGUUCAUGGACUGAAAAUCUGAACCUGUUCUUUGAAACUUGAUUAAUGAUUUUUUUAUUUAUCAAACAUGUAAGGAUGUCAUUUUGGUGCUGAAAUACCAUCUGGAAAUCCACAGUAUGUAUCGCUGUUAUGUUUCCCUCCGUCCAUUAUGGCUCAAGUUCUUCCCCGGAUGGAGUUUCACACCCAAGAGAAUGUUGUGAUGUCAUGAAGGGCAUUAACCUUAGUGUUAAUCCACUGGACAUGAAAGAUCUCUUUGGUGAUAUGUGAGGACUGAAAUGGGACAUUGGGAUGUAAUAUGUAGUUUCUAUGACAAGUCACAGACCUCUUCAGAGAGUAGCCUAAUUAAAUUGUUUUUCCAGAGAUCCAAAUUUUGAGAAUUUUCAGUCCGAUUUCCAACUAGGAUCUCAAACAUUGGGAAUAGUUGUACCAGUGGCAUGUCCAUACACACUAGGUUCAGUAAAACAAAUGUGUGCUCAAUUACUGAUCAUGAAUUAGGCUACUCCCUAACUCCUUGAUUAUCCCAUAGUCUUUCCUUUACAAUAUUUUAUUUCCUGUCAUUCAAAAUACACCACGUGACCAAAAGUAUGUGGACACCUGCUCAUCGAACAUCUCACUCCAAAAUCAUGGGCAUUAAUAUGGAGCUGGUCCCGCCUUUGUUGUUAUAAAAGCCUCCACUCUUCUGGGAAGGCUUUCCACUAGAUGUUGGAACAUUGCUGCGGGGACUUGCCACAAGAGCAUUAGUGAAGUUGGGAAUUGAUGUUGGGCGAUUAGGCCUGGCUCGCAGUCUGUGUUCCAUUUCAUCCCAAAGGUGUUCGAUGGAGUUGAGGUCAGGGCUCUGUGCUGGCCAGGGAAGUUCUUCCACACCGAUCUCGACAAACCAUUUCUGUAUGGACCUCACAGUGUGCACGGGGGCAUUGUCAUGCUGAAACAGGAAAGGUCCUUCCCCAAACUGUUGCCACAAAGUUGGAAGCACAGAAUCGUCUAGAAUUUAAUUGUAUGCGGUAGCGUUAAGAUGUCCCUUCGCUGGAGCUAAGGGGCCUGGCCCGAACCAUGAAAAACAGCCUCAGACCAUUAAUCCUCCCCUGAACUUUACUGUUGGCACUAUGCAUUCAGUCAGGUAGUGUUCUCCUGGCAUCUGCCAAACACAGAUUAGUCCAUUGGACUGCCAGAUGGUGAAAGCAUUUCCACUGCUACAGAAUCCAAUGGCAGUAAGCUUUACACCACUCCAGUUGUAGCUCGGCAUUGCGCUUGGCGAUCUUAGGCUUGUCUGCAGCUGCUCCUCCAUGGAAACCCAUUUCAUGAAGCUCCCGGCGAACAGUUAUUGUGCUGACGUUGCUUCCAGAGGCAGUUUGGAACUCGGUAGUGAGUGUUGCAACCGAGGACAGAUUAUUUUUACGUGCUAAGCGCUUCGGCACUUGGAGGUCCCGUUCUGUGAGCUUGUGUGGACUAGCACUUCACAACUGAGCCGUUGUUGCACAUAGACGUCACUGUGCUCUUCAGUAAGGCCAUUCUACUGCCAACGUUACCUAUGGAGAUUGCAUGGCUGUGUGCUCGAUUUUAUACACCUGUCAGCAACGGUUGUAACUGAAAUAGCCAAAUCCACUCAUUUGAAGGGGUGUCCACACACUUUUGUGUAUAUCGUUGAUGUGUAUGUUUGAGACCCAUCUGUUUGCUGAGAUCUCUAUACUUUGGUAACACGUUAAAGAAAUGCUGGACAGAAUGUUUUCAAUAAACUGAUACUAAUCUCA